AUGAAAAAGACUAGUACCUAUCUAGUUCUACUAUUCGUGUUGAUUGCAAUUUUAAUUUUUGGAAAAGUUAGAGGAGAGGCUUCUGUCGAUCAAUAUUCAAGCUCCGGAAACUUGCUUGUGAGCGAUGAUGAGAUUCUCAAUGCAAGAAGUGAUGGAGCCGUAAAUUUGUAUGCUCAUUUAGAUAAUGCUAUUUUGGGAGAAGGUGUUGCGACUGCUUCUGAUGAAUUACUUGUUUACGACGAGAAUGAAGAAGAGAGAGCGAUUGGAGCUGCUUUGGCUGUACAAAAGUCUACCAAUGUCGUGAGACCACAAAAGCCUGUCACGACCACUACAACAAGACCAUCUAAAAAGUCGUUUUCUUCAAAGAAAAUACAAAAGAAAACGAGCAAGCAUGGUUCCAGAAAGAAGAAGACAUCACCAACAAGCUCUUCCACUAAAAAGUCCACCAAGAAGAGCAUUUCCUCAAAGAAGAUAACAACAAGAAAAUCCAAAAGCAAACCAUCUUCCCUCAAAAAGAUCAAAGUUACACGAAGCAAAACCUCACUUCAUCCAAAAAUUGCUCACGCCAUCAAGCUUACUUCUCGUCGUUGGAAUAGACUGAAGAAUAUUUUCAGUAUUUCAGCUGUUGGUGGCCCAGCAUUCCACCCAUUCAAGAAUGAAAUGGUGUUUGUCUCUUCCUCUUCGGGUGUUUUCCAGAUUUACAAGAUUAAGAUUGAUAGAAAGAAGGGAAAGACUAUCGGUAAGCCAGUACGUUUGGUUCAUACCAAAUUCAGGUGCUCUGCUCCAAGAUACCUCCACGAUGGGUCUAUUUUGUAUUAUCAUGAUCGCGGUGGUAAUGAAAACUUCCAAAUUGGUAUCAUUACACCUCAAUCCAAACACUUCUGGUUGACCAAAGACAUGAAGGCCAAGCACUUAAUCAAUCACGUCACAAAGAAUCACUUGUACUAUCAAUCGAAUGCUCGUAACAAAAAGUUCUUUGACUUGUACAGAAGACCAUUCCCAUUGAUUGGUAAGGAUGGAAAGCCUUCUCCAGCUGAACGUAUCUACACACCAGAGAAUGGUAUUCCACGUGCUACUCUCAUGUCUUCUGACGAGACUCAAAUCGUGCUUGUACAACGAUACAGCAACGUUCACAAUGAAUUGAUCUUGAAGGAUCUUGUAGAUGGAACACUUACACCUUUGACUAAACCACUCUGUGGAGGUGCUAAAUUGAGAUGGUAUCCUCUUCGUUUCUUGGACCGUGGACACACUAAAAUGUUGGUCAAUACAGACUAUCAAUCAGAUUUCUUGAGAUUGGCUAUUUUGGAUUUCCAAGGCGACAUGAAAUCUAAUACUCCAAAGUUUGUGACAAUUCCAGAAAUGGAAAAGUAUAAGCACGAUGUUGUAGGUGUUUUGGGUAACGCUCGUACGAGAUGGACCUACAUUGAGCUCAACGAAGGUGGUUACAGCAAACUUUACAAGACACGAAUUGGUCCAUCUGGCUUUAAGACUCCUCUCAUUCCAGUUCCAUUGCCUCUCGAAAAUGGUGUCAUUGUUCACGGUGAUGCUCGUUCAUUCGGUCACAGCUCUGCCAUUACUCACGAUGGUAAUUUGAUGGCUGUCACUAUGACUGAUUCCACUCAUCCAGUUAAUAUUUAUAUGCUUGAUUUAGAUCCGUACAAUAUCAGAUACAAGAAGAAGCAAAAAGCAAUCAGAAAGUUGGCACGUCAGCAAGCCAAGAAGAAGGAAAAUGGUUCAACAGCAACUACCCUUGUUCCAAAGCAAACCUUUAGACACGUUGCUGUUUAUUGGCCAUUGUUGUCCGAUGACCGUCUUCCAAAGGUCGUUCGAGCUGUUCAAGGUAAAUUUGUCAAGGAGAAGUUAGUGAGUGUGAGCAGCUUUGACGGGCUCAUGAUUCCUUUCUUCAUGUAUUUACCAUCUGGUGACGCUCCAGAGGAUGGAUUCCCAGCCAUCAUCAAAUUGCACGGAGGUCCAGAGAGUCAGAGCCGACCUGUUUUCAGUCCUCUCAUCCAGUUUUUAGUCUUGUCAGGAUACGCAGUCAUCGUUCCUAAUGUCAGAGGUUCUAAGGGCUAUGGAAGAAAAUACAUGGAUGCUGACAAUGUCGAAAGGAGAAUGCAUGCAGUCAAGGACGUUGCUGCCAUUGUCACCUUCUUACAAAAGUUUAAGGGUAUUGAUGGAAACCGAUUAGUUCUUGGAGGAGGUUCCUAUGGAGGUUAUUUAACAAAUUUAUGUAUGACUCAAAUUCCUCAAUACUUCAAGGCAGGAGUGUCCAUUGUUGGUAUGACCAAUUUAAUUACCUUCUAUAAGAAUACAGCAGAAUUUAGAAGAAGACAACGUUAUGAAGAAUAUGGUAAUUAUCACACUCAACAAGACUUCCUUAAGAGUAUUUCGCCAGUGACAUACAUUGACAAUGUCAUUGCUCCAAUGUUUAUCAUUCAAGGAAAGAAUGACGAAAGAGUGCCUGCAGAGGAAGCAGAAAACUGGUACAAGAAACUCAUCCAAGAAUCAACCAAGCCAGGAAAAACUCAACUCAAAUACUCCAAAUUGGAACUCUUUGCCAACGAGGGACACGGUAUUUCAUCGCGAGAGAACAGACUUAAGGCAUAUCAUGAUUUGGUUAAUUGGCUCAACAAGGUUCUUUACGAGAAGGCAACCAUUCCAAAACCCACAAGUGCUACAACCUUAUCCGCUUCUACCACCGCAAAAACAACGACAGCCAAAUAA